UUAAUAUUAAAUAUAAAUAAAAUAUAAAAUAAAAUUACAAAUUCAUAUUCCCAGACACAGCGUAAAUAAAAUCAGAAUUCCAAUGAUUUGCUCUACAUGGGUUUUGGUAAGACCACCGAUGAUUGGGAAAAUAUCGUGUUUUUAUUUCCAAGAGGACAAGCCCAAUUAUCGCCCGAGAUGAAGAAACCGUCAAUGAGAGAAACCCUUUAUGCCCUUCUCACCUAAUAUACCUGAAAAAAAAAUAUAUGGGAUACUUUAUUCGAUACUCGCAUUAACAUACUUCACAUGUACCAUUCUCACCAUUUCUUUAUUUGGUGAGACAGCAGCAAGAACAUGCAGGGGCAGCAUCAUUCCAUUUCAGCUCCCUAGCUGUAAAAAUUCCAACUUCAGAGGAGCCCAUCAGAUCUAUUCCCAUUCUUUGUUAAAGCAAAACAGACACAAUCCAGAGAACUGUAAACAGCACCAGCAGCAUCAGAAGGCAAAGCUCCCAAGCUUCUGAAAACAAAACUCUGCAUUUCCUCACUCUGGCCACAUGGAAAAGUCGAGCCACUUUGCAGAAGCAAGAGCAGCCCACACGGUAGGGACUGAAGUCGAUGAGGAAGGAAGAAACCCAGAAAGCAAUUCGCUGAACCAGCCAUUGCUCAAGAGAAGCCGAACACUUUCCUCCAAUGGACUGGCCAUGGUUGGAGCCAAGGUCUCACGUAUUGAGAGCUUGGACUAUGAGAUCAAUGAGAAUGAUAUCUUCAAGCAUGAUUGGAGAAGCAGAACCAGAGUCCAAGUGUUGCAAUACAUAUUCUUGAAAUGGACAUUGGCCUUCCUUGUGGGGCUGCUCACUGGCACAAUUGCCACGCUGAUCAACCUCGCAGUAGAGAACAUCGUGGGGUACAAGCUUCUUGUGAUCAUCGAAUGCAUAAAGAAAGAGAGGUAUUUGAUGGGAUUGGUUUAUUUCAGUGGGGCAAAUUUCGCACUGGCAAUGGUUGCUUCAGUUCUCUGUGUGCGAUUUGCUCCUACUGCAGCUGGGCCCGGUAUACCUGAAAUCAAAGCUUAUUUGAAUGGAGUUGACACUCCGAACAUGUUUGGUGCUUCAACACUUAUUGUCAAGAUCACUGGGAGCAUUGGAGCUGUCUCUGCAGGCCUGGAUCUAGGAAAAGAAGGCCCUUUGGUACACAUUGGUAGCUGCAUUGCUUCCUUACUAGGCCAAGGGGGUCCUGACAAUUACCGUCUCAAAUGGCGCUGGCUUCGUUACUUCAACAAUGAUCGUGACCGCCGGGAUCUCAUCACUUGUGGUGCUUCCUCAGGGGUUUGUGCAGCUUUCCGUGCCCCAGUGGGCGGCAUCCUGUUUGCUCUUGAAGAGGUUGCAACGUGGUGGAGGAGUGCACUCCUGUGGAGAACCUUUUUCAGCACAGCAGUCGUGGUUGUGGUGCUCAGGGCCUUCAUGCAAUACUGCAAUUCUGGGAAAUGUGGGCUCUUUGGAACAGGAGGGCUCAUCAUGUUUGAUGUGAGUAAUGUCACUGUACGGUACCAUGUGACUGAUAUUGUCCCUGUGACAGUUAUUGGAGUGCUUGGAGGAGUACUGGGAAGCCUUUACAACUACACUCUCCACAAGGUCCUCCGACUCUACAGUCUCAUUAACGAGAAGGGAAGAAUACACAAGCUGCUUCUGAGUCUCACUGUCUCGCUAUUCACCUCACUUUGCCUGUAUGGCCUCCCAUUUCUUGCCACUUGCACACCCUGUGAUUCAUCCCUUGCUGAGUCUGCCUGCCCCACCAAUGGACAGACUGGCAACUUCAAACAAUUCAACUGCCCAGAUGGCUAUUACAAUGACCUAGCUACUCUCCUUUUUUCCACCAACGAUGAUGCUGUUCGAAACAUCUUCUCCACAAACAGUGCCACUGAAUUCCACCCUUUCUCCCUCUUAAUCUACUUCACACUCUAUUGUGUAUUGGGACUCUUCACCUUUGGCAUUGCCGUCCCAUCUGGACUCUUCCUCCCUAUCAUACUUAUGGGCUCUGCUUACGGUCGUUUGCUUGGUGUUUCCAUGGGAAGCUACACAAACAUUGACCAGGGGCUUUACGCAGUUCUAGGUGCAGCCUCACUCAUGGCCGGCUCUAUGAGAAUGACUGUUUCUCUUUGUGUCAUAUUCCUCGAGCUCACCAACAACCUUCUCUUACUACCCAUAACAAUGUUUGUACUUUUAAUUGCCAAAUCUGUUGGAGACUGCUUCAACGCAAGCAUCUAUGAGAUUAUACUAGAGCUUAAAGGCCUGCCUUUCUUGGAUGCACAUCCAGAGCCAUGGAUGAGAAAUAUCACGGUCGGUGAGCUUGCUGAUGCCAAGCCAGCUGUAGUUACACUUCAUGGAGUGGAAAAGGUGGCUCGUAUUGUGGAUGUACUGCAAAAUACUACACAUAAUGGUUUCCCUGUUAUAGAUGAAAGGGUGGUGCCAUCUAUGGGGAUCGUCACUAGUGCAGCAGAACUGCAUGGCCUGGUCCUCAGAGCUCACCUUGUUGCAGUGCUUAAGAAGAAGUGGUUCCUGCAAGAAAGAAGGAGAACAGAGGAGUGGGAAGUGAGAGAGAAAUUUACCUGGGUUGAUCUGGCUGAAAGGGAGACAAAUAUUGAGGAAGUGGCUGUGACAAAGGAUGAAAUGGAAAUGUAUGUUGAUUUGCAUCCUCUCACCAAUACCACCCCUUACACAGUGCCAGAGAGCAUGUCCGUCGCAAAGGCAAUGGUGCUUUUCAGGCAGGCUGCACUCCGCCACCUGCUCAUCAUGCCUCAGUAUGGAGCAGCUGGGGUUUUUCCAGUGGUGGGGAUAUUGACCAGGCAAGAUUUGAGGGCCCGCAACAUCUUGAGUGCCUUUCCUCAUCUAGCCAAGUCAAAGCAAAGACAGAAGGGGAAUUGAAUCCCAACCAAUGAAAAGCAUCUGUCAGUGUUCCUGGAGCCUAUUAUUCUUCUCUGCAUGAAGCACUUCAGUUUUUUUUGAAAAAUGAUUUUGCAUUCUUUUAUCCAGUUUUAAAGGGAACAAAUAAGAUAAUACACCUGUAGAAAUUUUUUUUUUCCUUCCA